AUGGAUACCACUGAAAAAGUGGUUUCUGAACAUUCCUUAUCUGCUACAGUUUCAGUAAUGUCCACCCCUGACACAAAAGAUACAACUGAGACUUCCUCUAUCUCUGACAAACUUAAAGAUAUCAAAAUGAUAUCUGAAAUAACAUCUAAAGAAGUCACCUCUGAUAAAAUCGCUUCUGAACAUUCCUUGUCACCGACAGUUUCGUUAGAGUCAACUCCCGAAGCGACAGAUAUUACUGAAACUACCCCUAAAUUUGAUAUUUCCUCUGAUACUAAAAGAACAUCUGAAUUAAAAACAAUUAAAGAUACCACUGAUAUAGUGGUUUCUGAACAUUCCUUAUCUGCUACAGUUUCAAUAGUGUCCACACCUGACACAAAAGAUACAACUGAAACUUCCUCUAUCUCUGACAAACCUCAAGAUAUCAACAUGAUACCUAAAAUAACAACAAAAGAGGAUUCCUCUGAUAAAAUAGCUUCUGAACUUUUCUUGUCACCGACAGUUUCGAAAGAGCCAACUCCUGACGCGACAGAUAUUACUGAAACUACCCCUAAAUUUGAUAUUUACUCCGAUACUAAAAGAACAUCUGAAUUAAAAACAAUUAAAGAUACCACUGAUAUAGUGGUUUCUGAACAUUCCUUAUCUGCUACAGUUUCAGUAGUGUCCACCCCUGACACAAAAGAUACAACUGAGACUUCCUCUAUCUCUGACAAACCUAAAGAUAUCAAAAUGAUAUCUGAAAUUACAUCUGAAGAAGUCACAUCUGAUAAAUUAGCUUCUGAACUUUCCUUGUCACCGACAGUUUCGUUAGAGUCAACUCCCGAAGCGACAGAUAUUACUGAAACUACCCCUAAAUUUGAUAUUUACUCCGAUACUAAAAGAACAUCUGAAUUAAAAACAAUUAAAGAUACCACUGAUAUAGUGGUUUCUGAACAUUCCUUAUCUGCUACAGUUUCAGUAGUGUCCACCCCUGACACAAAAGAUACAACUGAGACUUCCUCUAUCUCUGACAAACUUCAAGAUAUCAACAUGAUACCUAAAAUAACAAAAAAAGAGGACUCGUCUGAUAAAAUAGCUUCUGAACUUUCCUUGUCACCGACAGUUGUUACUGGAACAUCUUUUAUUUCUGUAAAAUUACAGGAUUUUAAAAUAAAAAAUGACAUUAAAGAAAUAUCUGAAAAACAUUUCAAUGAUGAUAACACCAAUGACACUAUGUUGAUAUUCGACCAUAAAGAGGUUGAUAAUGUCCAGAAAGUUUCUACGAGUAUUACAACAGAAAAUCUAUUGGAAACUAAAACUUCUAAAGCGGAAACGCUCUUAGAAAUUAGUAAAGUACUUAAACCGGACGAUUUUAUUGACAAUCUUACAUUACAGUCUCCUCAUUCUUUUUCCCCUUCAGUGUUAGAGUCCAUUAUUGACGCUCAAGAUUUAACUGAAACAUCCCUUACUUCUGACAAAUCUCAGAUCAUAAAAAUAACUGAUGGCAUUAAAGAAACAUCUGAAAAACAUUUAGACGAUGAUCAAUCUUUUAAUACUAAAUGUUCAUCUCAAACCAAAGUUUUAGAUAAUGAACAAAAAUUGUCCACUAGUAUUAUUUCACUGAAAAGCCCAUUUAAAACUAAAACUUGGGUUGAAGAAAAACCAUUGGAAGUAACAAAAAUGUUUAGUAAUGUCGAUUUAUUAGACCGUAGAAAUGAACUUUCUGAUGUUUCUUUGUUACCAACUGGUUCAGUCCAAACUAUACACUACACUGACGAAUUAAAUAAAACGCUUUUGACGGAUGAUUUAUCAUCUCUAACUGCUUGUUCCAAUACCGAACAUACUGAUCAUAUCUGUUCUACUAGUUUAAAUAAUCAAGUUACUAUUAACAAACCAAUUCAGAUUAUUUGGGAAGUAUCAAAAUCUCCAGGCUUGAGAUCCGGUAUAACUCUAUUAGAGGAUGAAAAUAAACUGAAAGAUUUGGAGUGUAAGGUUUCAGACGAUACUGUGUAUGAUAAUACUAUGAAAUCGGAAUGUAGUGAUGAUAUUAAUGUUGUAGACAAAACAUCUAAAGUAGAAUCAAUUACGCGAAACACUGAAAUAAAGAGGCCGCCUUUGCUUUCUAAACAAAGACAUAUCAUUAGCCAUGGUUCCAAAUCUCUUGAUUCUUCUAAAAAACUAAAUGUAGGUUUAAAUAAACCUGUUGUUGAUCAAAGUUCUAUUACAAAAAUAAAAAACACCGAAAUAAAAAAAGAAAAAUCCUCAUUUGAAUCAGCGCCUAAAAACAAAGCAAAGAGUUAUAUGGCAUCAACAGAAUCUCGUGAUAGGAAAUUAGAAACAUCGAAUCAAAAAUCUAUACAUUCUUAUAAGAUGACAACAACUGUUUCAUCAACAAGAUCUAGUCAAAUUGUAACCGACAAAAAAUCAACAGUUUCCAAAUCUUCAUCUAGAGUAUCGAUUACGAAAGUUCAGAGUAAAAUUCCUGUAAAAAGUUCGUUACCGCCAUUGGACACAAAGUCGUCAGUCGUAUCCGAUUCUAGAGUUCUUAGCGCACCUUCGCGAAAAACCGCUUUUGAAUUCCAAUUGCCAUCCAGUAAAUUAAACCCAUUAUCGCUACCAGGGAGUCCGGCUCGUAGUACCAAUAAGGCAAACUCUCAAAUUAGAUCAGUGUUUAUAACAUCAGAAGUAUUCUCGAGUCCUUCGAACCGCGCUUCGUCAGUGGAAUUAGUGUAUGAACAACCGAACCGAUCCCCUUGUUCAUCAAUGUCCGAACAACAGCCGGCUUCUAUUACCGAAUCAGUUUCGUUAGAGGAUGUGGAAACAACUCAAUCUUCGAACUCCGACAACGAACGGGUAUCUGAGGUACAUACUUGUAAUAUAUAA